GAGGCGUCAGCUGAGAUCAGUCGUGAGACCCGCGCGCCCUCUCGAACACCUCGCCGUCGUCACCUGUGCGACUCGCAGCACCUCCGGCGCCAACAACAACCACCGCGGGAGGCACGUCGGCGUCGUCAUGAGGCAGACCGAGCAGAUCCUGGGAGGCAUCGAGGGCCUGGACACGGCCGAGGAGCAGGUCACCGUCAGCGUCCCGAUUCGUGAACGAUGCAAGGACCUAAUCCUCACGGACGAGGUGAUCGCCGAGCUCAUGCGGCGCAUCGCACGGGACGUGGAGAAGGGUCUCGGCAAGGACACCCACAAGGAGGCAGUCAUAAAGUGCUUCAUCACCUAUGUGCAGGAUCUUCCAAAUGGAACCGAGCGAGGAGAGUUUCUGGCUCUCGAUCUUGGCGGCACAAAUUUCCGAGUGUUGCUGAUUCACCUGGGUCAAAAUCAUUUUGAUAUGCAGUCUAAAAUCUAUGCAAUUCCUCAAUCCAUCAUGAUUGGUUCUGGAGAACAAUUAUUUGAUCACAUUGCUGAAUGUCUGGCUAACUUCAUGAAGGAACAUGAUGUUUACAGCCAUAAGCUACCUUUAGGCUUCACCUUCAGUUUUCCUCUCCAGCAACUUGGUCUGACAAAAGGUCUCCUAGAAACAUGGACAAAAGGCUUCAAAUGCAGCGGCGUUGUGGGUAACGAUGUGGUGCAGCUUCUCAAGGAUGCUAUCAAGCGGCGAGGGGAUAUUCAGAUCCAGGUCUGCGCCAUUCUCAACGACACAACGGGCACACUCAUGUCCUGUGCAUGGAAGAACCACAACUGCCGAAUAGGUCUCAUUGUUGGAACUGGGUGUAAUGUUUGUUAUGUAGAGAAGACUGAAAAUUGUGAAUUGUUUGAUGGAGAUGUAAAUGCCAAACCUGACUGUAUUGUGAAUACUGAAUGGGGUGCUUUUGGAAGUGAUGGUUCACUUGAUAUUGUGAUCACUGAAUACGAUCGAGAAAUAGAUGAAAAUUCCAUCAAUGCUGGAAAGCAGUUGUUUGAAAAAAUGAUCUCUGGAAUGUACAUGGGAGAGUUGGUCCGACUUGCAUUGGUACGGUUUACGAAAGAUAAAUUACUGUUUGGUGGUCAAGGCUCAGACUUUUUGUUCAAGAGAGGAAAUUUCUUCACCAAAUUUGUCUCUGAAAUAGAAAGUGAUAAACGUGGAAGUUUCAUCAACUGCCGAGAAGUCCUUGGUGAGCUUGGACUUGCACAUGCCACUGAACAAGACUGUGCAAAUGUUCGAUACAUCUGUGAAUGUGUUUCAAGACGUGCUGCUCAUUUGGUGUCUGCUGGUAUUGCUGUUCUUAUUAACAAGAUGAAAGAACCUAGUUUAACUGUUGGAGUUGAUGGUUCAGUAUAUCGUUUUCAUCCACACUUCCAUGACUUAAUGGUGGAGAAAAUCAAACAGUUAAUUCUUCCUGGUAUCAAGUUUGAUCUGAUGCUGUCUGAAGAUGGCAGUGGAAGAGGUGCUGCACUAGUAGCGGCAGUUGCAUGUAGAGAAAACUGAUGUUCUGUUAUGUUUAUUCAGGUUUUGUAAAUAUAACUAGAGAAUAUAUUGUAUAUGAGUGUAAGUGCGUAUGUGUGUGUAUUAGAGUGUAUGUAUUGAUGAGAGUGUGUAAUUAUUGUGUGGGUGUGUAAGAACUAUGAAUCUAGAAGAAGCGGGUCAGGUUACCAGCUACUAGUCUACCCACCACCUGUACUCCAACUGUCCUUACAUUUUGUUUAUUCAAUUACUUUUUACCGUUUUUUAAAUGAAAUAUUAUUUUUUUGUAUCUGUAGAGGAUUUGGUUGGUUUUACUUAGUGUUCUUUUGAAACAUGUAAUGAGGUUGGUUACUGUGCUUUACUCUGUAUAUUUUAAUAUGAAACUGAUUCAUCCACUAUGGCUGGAAACAAAUUUUUAAAUUGGCUUCUAUCUACUGUUGAAGGAAAGUAAGGCUGUGUAUCUGGCCCCUCUGUGGGAUUUUUUUUGGUAUAUUAUUGUACUUAGUUAAUUAAUGCACUUGUUAGUCAGAUAUAUUUUUUAUUUAUAUGAUCAAGUUGGGCUUAGUUUGUUUUAUCCCAUGGCAUUGGCUCAAUAUUUCAAAUGUCUUGUUGGCGCUGUUUACUGAUAAGUGCUUUGUCUCGUAUGUAAUUUAUUAAUUUCCUUGUAGAAUAGCUGGUGUAUAACCAAAUUUGCUCCUUUCAAGAUGAGUUUCUCUGCCCAAUCAUGAUGAAAUCAAUAUGGGCCCAUGAGCAUGUGAAUGCGUAAGUGUACUUAAAGUAGCAGCAUUCCGGUUUUAUUUGUUUUAAUUUUUUUGAAAAUGGAUGGACUGCUUGAAGCAAGGAGUCAACUUGCCAGAUAUUGUGUGGACCAGGAAAAUCAACACACACGUAGCAAAAUUACGUACUAGUCAUAAUAGCAUGGUAUUUGGUGGCACUGUGGACCAUGCCACUUAGUGCCAUGCGCCUCCCUGGCUCUGAUAUUUUAUCAAUUGUAUGAUGUUGAUAUGUUAUGUAUGUGUGCAUCUAUAUUUUUGUUGUAACUUAGUUCUCAAAAAGCAAUAGUUAAAAGUGCAUUGACAUGUUGUUUGGAUUAUGCAUUUCAUCAUGUUUUGCUGUAUCAAACAGAAGUCAUGUUCACAUGGUUAAAAUAAUCCACAUUACUUAAAAUACAUUGUAUGGUGCUUGUACCUAAUUUUUAUAGUGGCAAAUAACCAUAAUGUUUUAUUAACUGUGGAGUUGAGCAAGUUGUAAUGGAACAGACUAUGUCAAUAGUAUGUUGAGACUGGUGUUGUGUACGGCCUGAAGUUCUUUCAAUCAAAAAAUUGUCUGCCAGAAACUGCCAUCAAUUACAAACAGAUUUGUUCCUUAGACUUGAGACUGUGAUUUCUUUUGUCUCCAUAUCAAUGUGGAUUCAAUGUACAUGUUAGACCCCUAUAAAAUAAAGAAAAAAAGAAAAAACAUUUCCCAUAUAUAUUAUA